AAAAGAAUCAAGCGUCCAACAUACAUACUUCACAAUAUGCUCCUCGGAGGAAGAGUAUAAGUAUCCACCAAGCUAAAUGAACAGGACGCUCCUUUCCGGAGGCGGGCCCACGCUAUGCCCAUCGGUCCGGGAGCGCAUCUUAUCAUCCUAUCAUGCGACUCCGAGCUAUGUCAGGUGCCAGAAGCAAUCGGCCCAGCCUCUAAGCCGGCAACGCCGUCACCAAGACUGCUUGCCUUGUUGUGCGGCCAGCAAGGGGUCUAAGGCAGGGAAGAAAGGCGGCGAUCAAGGAUUCAAAGGAUUCGGAGAGCCCUCGAAGGCCCAGCGUACUUUGGCGUUCGACCAGGACGUGGAUGAAGAGGUGCAAGCGUCGGCCGCCGCCAACAACAACGAUGACACGGAUGAAGAAAUUAGGCAACGACCUGCAUACCAGAUGUAUACUGAUGCGGGUUACAAGGCGCAGCGUUACGUCGGACCGUUGAGCUUGAAGCACCCCGAAGGCGAGCCGCUUCCCACGCUGUUCACCUCGGCCCCCGUGCUGCCCGGCGAGCUGCUGGCGCUGCUGCCCGCGCUGGGCUUCGUAACGGGCGGCUUCCUGCAGGUUCCGGAGCUGGAGGACCUGCACGCCGCCAUGAUGGAGGAGUGCAUGGGGCCACCGCAGCGACGAGUGCUGGACAUCCUAGACUCCCUCAUACCGCCCCCGGCUGCCUCCACCUCCACUACCUCCACCGACACCUCUUCCUCCACCUCCUCAGCGCCAUCAUCGUCGACCCGUCGGACCCCCUUUGGCCCCAGCCAGCCCCUUCCCUCCCUUGCCACACUGGACCCCAAGUUCUGGUCGUCCCGCGGUCGCGACACCAGCGCGCCCGACUUCCCCUCCCGCCGGCUGAUGUCGCUGCUCAGCCGCGCCGCCACCGCCGACGACUCGCAGGACGCCGCCUGCAUGCAGGCGCGCCACCAGAAGCCGCUGGGGUACGCGGGGCUGUGGCCGGAGCUGUCGCUGCUGGGGCACAGCUGCGCGCCCAACACCUCGCAGCUGGUGGUGGCGGACCGACUGCUGCUGCACGCCACGGAUGAGCUGCCGGCGGGGACGCCGCUGACACGCAACCGGGUGGGGCCGUCGGUGAUGGCGCCGCUGUCUGUACGGCAAUCCGCGGUGGCGGAGUACCUGCGUGACCGGGGCGUGGAGGUGCAGGAACCGCCUGAGGAGGAGGAUGCGAUGGCGAGGUAUGAGGCAGACGGCAGCGGUCCUGCAGAGGAGGAUGAGGCGGAGGUGGCGGCACGGCGGCAGAAGCGCGCGGAGAGGCUGACGUACGCGUGUCGCUGCGCUCGGUGCCGGCUGGAGGCGGGCGUGUCGGAGGAGUUGCGGGAGACGUUGGAGGCGGUGUUCAACUGGUACCAGGACGAGGUGGCGGCGGUGUGGAGCCGCGCCAACCAGGAGCAGGACACGGCGCUGCUGCGGGGGCUGCUCAAGGACUGCGAGACGAUGGUGGUGGAGGUGGAGCAAUCGCUGGCGGGCGAGUCCUCUCCGCCGCUGGAUGAGGAGCAGAAGCACUGGCUGCGCGCCUCCGUGUACGACGUGUACGAUUUGUUAGUCACGUUGGACGAGCUGGUGAACCAGGACGGCUCCGACCCGCUGUACCUCCAAACCUGCCUGCAGCUGCUGCGUGUGGUGUUGCCUGGGUCGGACAACCACGUUGAGGUGGCGUUGAAGAACGAGACGCUGGCCAACCACCGCUUCCAGAUCUUCACGGAGCUGCUGAGCCGCGAGCGCGGCGACAGGGGGCACACCAAGAGUGACCGGAAGAAGCUGGCGGCGCUAAGGCGGGCGGCGGAUGAGGGGUCGGAGACGCGGCUCGUGGCGCUGCUGAUGCGGUAUGGGUGGCUGUCUCAGGAGACGAUGACCAAGCUGAUUGAAGGCCUGGAGACGUACAUGGAGGGGUUGGAGCAGGCGAGUGCCAUGGAGGCGCAGGGGGUUUCGGAGCUGACCCGGGAGAUUGAGGUGGAGGGGGUGCGGGUGCAGAUUGUGGACCGGUUGGAGGUUUCGGAGGCGUCGCGGGUGGGGG